AUGGAGGAAGAAUGCGAGGAGCUUCAAGUUCCCACUGGAACUCUAAAAUCAAUAGGCUUUAGCAUUUCCAACAACAAAGAUCGAGCGAAUAUGUCUGCCAUUACUGUUGAAGCAGCGAACCAGGUGACUGAUUCUCGGUUAGGCCUACCGAAUCCGGAGUCUGUUUGUCGGACAUGUGGCAGCAAAGAUCGGAAAGUUUGUGAAGGGCAUUUUGGGGUUAUAAACUUCAAGUACUCCAUCAUUAACCCUUACUUCGUCAAGGAGAUUGCUGCAUUGUUAAACAAGAUCUGCCCUGGAUGUAAAUACAUACGCAAGAAACAGUUUCAGGUUGCAGGAGACCAGCCUGCGAGAUGUAGAUAUUGCAUUUCGAAUACCGGUUACCCGUUGAUGAAGUUUCGGGUAUCGACUAAAGACGUCUUCAGGCGAUCCGGGAUCGUCUGUGAAGUAAGUGACGAGUUUCUGAUGAAGCUGAAGAGACGGUUUGAAGGAGCAUUACCACCGGACUACUGGGCUUUCUUGCCUUAUGACUCGAAUAUAGACGAGAGCUUGCUGAAACCGAACAGGCGGAUUCUAACGCCUGCACAGGUUUAUUCUCUGUUAGAUGGGAUUGAUCCGAGACUUAAGAAGAAGGAUAUCCCCAUGUUCGACUCGCUUCAUCUGACUUCGUUUCCGGUUACACCAAACGGUUAUCGUGUAACCGAAAUGGUCCAUCAGUUCAACGGGGCUCGUCUAGUCUUUGAUGAACGGACUCGGAUCUACAGGAAACUAGUUGGCUUUGAAGGGAACUUGCUUGAAUUGAGCUCUCGUGUGAUUGAAUGCAUGCAAUAUUCAAGACUCUUCUCAGAGAACAUGGCUUCAGGUCAAGAAUCAGCAAACCCGUUCCAGAAGAAAUCAGACACUCCUAAGCUCUGUGGUCUAAGGUUCAUGAAAGACGUCCUCCUCGGUAAAAGAAGCGACCACACAUUCCGGACAGUAGUCGUCGGAGAUCCUUCCUUGAAGCUCAACGAGAUCGGUAUACCGAGGAAGAUCGCAGAGAGGCUUCAAGUGUCAGAGAAUCUCAACGACUGGAACAGAGAACGUCUCGUGACUCUAUGUUUCCACAAGCUUCUCGAGAAAGGAGAGGUUCACGUGAGAAGAGGAAGAGAAGAUAGCUUAGUGGCGAUUAGACUCAUCGACGAUCUCCAAACCGGAGACAAGAUCUUCAGGACGUUAACCGAUGGAGACACGGUGUUGAUGAACAGACCGCCUUCGAUCCAUCAGCAUUCUCUCAUCGCAAUGUCGGUGAAAGUCUUGCCAACGACUUCUGUUGUCUCCUUGAACCCUAUCUGCUGCUUGCCGUUCCGUGGCGACUUUGAUGGAGACUGUCUUCACGGUUACGUUCCUCAGUCGAUACAAGCUAAAGUUGAGCUUGACGAGCUUGUGGCUUUGGAUAAGCAGCUUGUGAACAGACAGAACGGACGCAAUCUUCUUGCUUUAGGACAGGACAGCUUGACAGGAGCGUAUCUGGUUAACGUUGAGAAACACUGUUAUCUGAAUCGAGCUCAGAUGCAGCAGCUUCAAAUGUAUUGUUCUCCACAGCUUCUUCUUCCUCCACCUGCGAUUAUCAAAGCUUCUCCUUCGAGCAGAGAGCCUCAAUGGACGGGAAUGCAGCUGUUUGGGAUGCUUCUCCCUCCAGGUUUCGACUACGCUUACCCGUUGAACGACGUCGUUGUAAGCAACGGAGAGGUUUUGUCUUCCUCUGAAGGCUCUGCUUGGUUACGUGAUGGAGAAGGUAACUUCAUCCAGGGACUGAUGAAACAUGACAAGGAGAAAGUUCUUGAUAUCAUCUACUCUGCUCAAGAAAUGCUCUCUCAGUGGCUGCUGACGCGUGGCUUAAGCGUGUCCUUAGCGGAUUUGUGUUUGUCAUCUGAUGAGCAGUCUCGGAGGAACUUGAGAGAGGAGAUCAGGUAUGGAUUGCAAGAAGCUGAGCAAGUCUGCAACAAGCAGCAGCUGAUGGUAGAGUCUCGGAGAGACUUUCUUGCUGUGAACGGACAAGAGAAGGAUGAGGAGGUUGGAGAUUUGUCCCGGUUCUGCUCUGAGAGGCAGAGAUCAGCGACGUUGAGCAAGCUUGCUGUUAGUGCUUUCAAGGAUGCGUAUAGAGAUGUUCAGGCGUUGGCUUAUAGGUAUGGGGACAGGUCGAACUCGUUCUUGAUCAUGUCGAAAGCUGGUAGCAAAGGGAACAUAGGGAAGCUGGUGCAGCACAGUAUGUGCAUCGGUCUUCAGAACUCGGCGGUUGCGUUGUCCUUCGGGUUUCCGAGGAAGCUGGACUGUGAUGCUUGGAACGACCCGAACAGUCCGCUACGAGGUGGAGACAAAAGCGAUGCUGCUUCUGAGUCGUUUGUUCCUUAUGGAGUCGUUGAGAGCUCGUUUCUAACGGGUUUGAAUCCGUUGGAGUCGUUUGUUCAUUCGGUUACGAGCCGUGAUAGCUCCUUUAGCGGUAAUGCUGAUCUUCCAGGGGCGCUUAGUCGGAAACUGAUGUUCUUUAUGAGAGAUAUAUACGCUGCUUAUGAUGGCACAGUGAGGAACUCUUUUGGGAACAACUUAGUACAGUUUACUUAUGAGACUGAGACUGUUGAUGAUGAUCCGGUUGAAGAAGUAACCGGCGAAGCAGUCGGGUCGCUCUCUGCUUGUGCCUUAUCCGAGGCCGCUUACAGCGCUCUAGACCAACCUAUUAGCCUUCUUGAAACUUCUCCUCUUCUCAAUCUUAAGAAUGUGUUAGAGUGUGGAUCAAAGAAAGGUCAGAAAGAAGUGACAAUGUCUCUGUAUUUGUCUGAAGCACUCUCUAAGAAGAAGCACGGGUUCGAAUACGGGGCACUGGAGAUCAAGAGCCACUUGGAGAAACUGAGUUUCUCAGAGAUCGUUUCAACAUCCAUGAUAAUUUUCUCUCCGAGCACUAACUCGAAAGUACCUUUAAGUCCGUGGGUUUGCCAUUUCCAUAUCUCUGAGAAAAUAGUGAAGCAGAAACAACUCAACGCCGAAUCUGUCGUCUCUUCGUUAAACCAGCAGUAUGCGACCAGAGCUAAAGAACUGAAGCUUGAUGUAAAUGAUCUAAUCAUACAAACCACAAACCACUGUUCUUCAGAUGAGGUCGCAAUGGAGGAUCACAGUUUCUGCAUCACUGUUACAGUAGUCGAAGCCUCGAGGCACUCAUCUUUGGAGCUGGACGCUAUUCGGCUUAUCUUGAUCCCUUAUCUUCUCGACUUCGCUGUCAAAGGCUUCAGAGAGAUUAAAAGGGUGGAUGUCUUAUGGGCUGAUCGACCAAAAGCGCCGAAAAGGAACAAGAAUGAUUCGUCCGGCGAGCUGUUCUUGAAGGUUAUCAUGUAUGGAGAUAAGGUCAAGAAGAACCUAUGGAGUGCUCUUCUUGAAACCUGUCUUCCUAUCAUGGAUAUGAUUGAUUGGAACCGUAGCCAUCCUGAUAACAUCCGUCAAUGCUGCUCCGUUUACGGCAUAGACGCCGGUCGCAGCAUUUUCUUAGCGAAUUUGGAGUCUGCUGUGUCAGAUACCGGUAAGGCGAUACUACAAGAACAUCUGCGUCUUGUAGCUGAUUGUCUCUCUGUUACCGGAGAGUUUGUUGCAUUAAACGCCAAAGGUUGGAGCAAACAAAGACAGGUCGAGUCCAUUGCUGCACCGUUUACUCAAGCUUGCUUCUCGAGCCCAAGUCAAUGCUUUAUCAAAGCUGCUAAGGAAGGUGUCAGAGAUGAGCUUCAAGGAUCUAUAGACGCAUUAGCUUGGGGAAAAGUUCCUUCUUUUGGAACCGGAGAUCAGUUUGAGAUCAUCAUUUCAAGAAAGGAUAUUGGGAUUAAAACACCUGUAGAUGUGUAUGGUCUUCUGAGUCGUACAGAGACGCUUCCAGAGACAGAGACAGAGAAGAACUCGCUGUUCAAACCAGACAAGCUCAAGAUCCAGCCGUUCCAUUUGCUUGACACUGCUCUCCCCAUAGCCAUCAAGACACUCGCCGGGAAAGAACUCUCCAGGGCACAGCUGAGAACGAUGUUUAAAUGGGACGAUAUCGAGAAGCUUUCACGUUCCUUGAAACGCAUACUCUACAAUUACGAGAUUGAUGCAAUGUUGAGUGAGAGAGAUGAAGGGCUUUUGACGAUGGCUUUACUCUUCCACCCCAACAGAGCUGAGAAGAUAGGACCUGGCUUCCAAGGAAUCAAGGUGGCUAGUUCGAAGCACGGGGAUGCUCGUUGCUUCGAGGUUGUGAGGAACGAUGGAACAACAGAGGAUUUCUCAUACCACAAGUGUGUAUUGGGAGCAACAGAGAUCAUUGCACCUACUAAAGUGAACUUCUACCGGUCCAAGUACCUUAACCGCGGUACGGUCCAGUCCGUGGCUCCCUGA